CCGCGCGUGCUGACGAUAGCAGGGUCGGAUUCUGGGGGAGGUGCGGGAAUCCAGGCGGAUUUAAAGACCUUCCAGGCAUGCGGUGUGUACGGUGCAUCUGCCAUCACUGCGGUGACGGAGCAGAACACUCACGGCGUGCGCGGAUUCCACACUGUGCCGCUGCAGACUCUGAGAGGGCAAAUCGAUGCCGUGCUGGAGGACAUCGGCGCUGAUGUGGUCAAGACCGGCAUGCUGCCAACUGCAGAGGUGGUAGAGGCUGUGGCUGACCGGAUAGUGGAGCACAGGGUGAGCUGCUUAGUUGUGGACCCUGUGCUAGUGUCCACCAGCGGGCACAGCUUGGGGGACUCCGAUGUGGCGCGCGCCCUGGUCGACAGGCUUUUUCCGCUCGCCACAAUGAUCACGCCAAACCUCCCAGAGGCGUCCGCCAUUUUGGGGGACCGGCCAAUUACCGAUCUGGAGGGCAUGAAAGCUGCCGCUAUAGACCUGCACGCUCUGGGCCCCCAGUGCGUGCUGGUCAAGGGAGGCCACCUCCAGCAAGAUGGCGGUCAGGCGCUGGAUGUGCUGUAUGACGGGGAGACAGUGCAGGUCAUAGCAGGGCCGCGAGUCGACACCCCCAACACGCAUGGCACCGGCUGCUCGACAGCUUCCGCCAUUGCGGCUGAGCUGGCAAAGGGGGCGUCGCCUGUUCAGGCCGUGCACGCCGCCAAGGCGUAUGUCAGCCAAGCCCUGCAGGCCAGCGCGGCCCUGCGCAUCGGCAGCGGCAGCCAGACGCCCUUCAACCACGGGUACGCCACAGCAGACUGGACAUCCAAGGACCAGGUAUCCCGCCUGGACCUGCGGCUGUACGCAGUCACGGAUCCCCGGCAGAACGAGAGGAUGCACCGCAGCAACGUGGAGGCCGUCAGCGCAGCCAUUGACGGAGGCGUCACCGUUGUGCAGCUAAGGGAGAAGGAUGCGGAUGGCGGGGACUUCCUUGCUGAGGCGGAGGCUGUCAUCAAGAUCGCCCGGCCCCGAGGGGUGCCAGUGAUUAUAAAUGACAGGGUGGAUGUGGCACUGGCGGCGGAUGCAGAUGGAGCGCACAUAGGGCAGAGCGAUCUGCCGGCGGCGGUUGCGAGGCGGCUGCUGGGCCCCCACAAGAUCCUGGGGGUGUCCUGCAAAACCGUGGAGCACGCGCUCGCCGCUGAAGCAGCCGGCGCUGACUAUGUCGGCUCAGGCGCAGUGUACGCCACCAACACAAAGGACAGCCCAAUCAUGCCGAUAGACCGGCUGGCGGACAUCUGCGCGGCAGUCAGCAUCCCCGUGGUGGCCAUCGGAGGCAUCACUGCAGACAACGCCGCGCCGACCAUCGAGGCAGGCUGCGCGGGUGUGGCCGUCGUUUCCGCCAUCUUU